AUGGAUCCAUCACAGGAACAGAGGGAAUGGCAAGAACAAUCAAUUGCGAAUCCCCAACCUCAGAGUGGGACAAUCAUCGAGGAUUUUGUGUUUGCUGUAGGAAUUAUCAACUUUCAUCACAUCAGAGGACCUGAGAUUGAGUAUUGGUUGGAUGCAGAGGGCAAGUCGCCGUUAGACACGGAAAAGAUUGCUAGCAUAAAUGAAAGAUGGCCGUAUUUAUCCUUUGAAGCACUACCUGAUGGAGCUCAUAUGUUCACUGAAUGCUUUUCUGAGUUUUCUCUAGUUUUUGACCAAUCGUCAUUAUUUGGCUGCGCCUGUGUCCGACAGGUUGACAGGGCAGAUUUGCUCAAUAAUGAAGACAAAGAAUACACGAGGAGUACAGUACAAAAGGCUGUUGUUUUAAUAACCCGAUACCCCAUUACAAUCCAAUUAAGGGAGCAGCUAAGCAUUAUCACCAUGACGUUCUUUGAGCAGAUGGAUUUUAGAGAUAGAGAGAUAGUGCAAAUGUUUUAUGAUAAUAUAAGAACAAGGUAUAAGCAUGUUAAGAUAUUGAACGAUGAUCCCUAUGAAACCCUAACAGAAAAUAGUAGCAAUGAAAAUGGCGACGGCGCUUUGAAGAUUAUAAAGGAGUCUGACUUUUAUGUUGGACUGGAUCUGAAGCAUUUAGUUUUGGGCUUGAAGCGAAACUUGCUGAUACUUUUGAAAGCAUUACUAUUAGAGAAACGUAUCAUGUUUUACAGCAAAAACUUGAUGAAGCUGUUCAAUUCCCAAAUGUCUUUCUUAUCAUUAAUACCUAAUUUAUUACUAAAUUUGCAGGAUUGUUCCGAUCCUUCAUUGAACAGUCUCUCUCAAAACAGAAAGAAGCUCACAUCGUUGAAAACUAGUGACAGAACUUCUUUGCUAAACUUCAUUGGAUUGCCUCUCAAAUUGUUUGAUAAAGGUGGAUUCUUUCAACCAUACCUCACACUUCAGCAAAAUGAAGUGCUGAACAAAAAGACCACAUUAUGGUACCUUGUAGGCACCUCAAAUGAUUUAUUUUUAAAUCAAAAACACAAAAUUGCAGACAUUGUUGUUCAUGUUGAUCAUUUAGGAGAAUCAUCAAUUGAGAUCCUCAAUGAAGAUCUCAAACCAUCACUUUCAUUAACCAACGCAGAUAAAAAAUUCAUUGACUUCAUUGUCCACCAAGUUAAGCUUGCCCAUUUAGAAAAUGAAGGUUCAGGCAGCAAUACAAUAAACAAUUUCAACCUUUCCCGAUCAUUCAACGGGGGUAACGAGUUCAUCAGAAACAAUCUUGAAGAUUACUUAAUCGGACUUUUAUCCACAUUGAAGUAUGAAAAAUUCCUUGAAAAUGCCACUCCGACCCAACUGAAUUCAUUGAUUCCCAUAGGAAAUACGAAUCACAACCAGUUGCACAGUGACGUCAAACAUUAUAACGAACUUUUCAUUUCAGAGUAUCGAAAAUCGAACAACUACCAAAUUUUCGACGAUAGCACGGAUGACGAACUUUUCAAUUUUUUUGAGCCGACCCAUGCAGCUAAUCUCAUUGCAUCACCCAACAUAUGGGAUAAGAUGGCAAAACCAUUCCAGAAGUUAAGGCGGUAG